UAUUGUGAUUUUGGUAUGUCGUUUUGUGAUGUGUUUACUUGGCAUAUUUUAUCGCUUUCCACUGAAAUCCACACCGCAUCGCACAGGCAAAACAGUUUUCAGAAAUUUACUAGUUUAGCUGAUAAACUAAAAUUUUAAAUCGGGACCGCAUAAAUAUGUGGCGCGCGUAACGGAUGCAUCGUUUCCUACAUUCUUGUGCCAUAAAUGUAUAACGUAACGUUUGUUUCGUUAUGUUAUUGCGAAUCGGGGCCGGGUAACGUUGGAAGAUGCCUUUCAAGCUGAAGUUGAAGAAGACGCGGCAGUACAAUGUUGCAUCGAAGAGCCUUUUCGUUAUAAGCGUCGAACUGUUGGACGGUGGAGUCGCAGACUGCACGUUGUCUGUCGACAGCACGGGGCAGGAGUGUCUCGACAACGUGUGUCAACGGCAGGCUAUAAACCAGCCAGAUUUUUUCGGUCUCCGAUAUAUAAACCGAAGUCAACAACCGCGAUGGGUGCAGUUGGAUCGACCGUUGAAGCUCCAAUUGGACAAGUUCGCUUCGUCCCAUCAGCUGUACCUGCGUGUUAUGUAUUAUGUGAUAUCUGGCACGAGUCUGAUCACGGAUGAAGUUACACGUUACCACUACUUUCUUCAGUUAAAAAAUGACUUAGUGGAGGGUCGUAUUAUUUGUGACUGUCAACAAGCGGUGGUGCUCGCGUCAUACAGCCGACAAGCUGAAUAUGGUAAUCACGAUAGGGAACGUCACACUGUAGAGUACUUAAAAAAUCUGUUGACAUUUCCAAAACAAAUGCUGGAUGGAGGUCAAAUAAUUGAUGGUAGUACAUUGGCGGAAACGGGGAGGCUGGAGUGGCUUACUGCUGCUGUGAUUCAACAUCACAUGUCUUUACACAACAUGUCACAGGCUCAAGCCGAAGAAGGUUUCAUCACGACAUGCCAGCAGUUACGUGGCUAUGGGCAGGAGAUGUUCAUGGCGCGAGAUAAACGAGACCAAAGCGAAGUUACUAUUGCUAUCUCGCUCACCGGUAUCAGAGUUCUUACUGAUACAAGUGACACACCUCACUUUUACAGGUGGAUGGACAUCACAAAUGUGAUCAAUCACAAGCGCACCUUCAGCAUCGAAUGUCAGAAGCAAGGAGAAUCUGUGACCUUCACGUUACCAAGUCCUGAAGAUGGGAAGUAUGUGUGGCGGAUGUGUGUUCAUCAGCACACUUUCUAUAUGAAGCAUCAGGAAGCUCUCAGUGUUUCAAUCGAUGAACAUCGACCUAAGUUCCAAGAGCACGGUCUAUCAGAAAGUCGCGAAGAGCUGGACGUUCGGGAGGUAGGCAGCACGUCUCGAUUGGAACCUUUGACAGCAGCUCACCGGGCACACUCGACGUCCUGCCUGGAGCUUGCUGAUCACCGUCCUCAACCAAAAAACAGAGCACUUCUUCCAUCUUAUCGCCCAGCACCCGAUUAUGAAACUGCAAUCCAACAAAAAUAUCAACAACAAAGAGCAGAAGCGCAGCUUAGAUAUCAGAAUCAUCACGCACAUUCCCAACUCCUUAACACAAACGCCCAGCCCUUGGUGUAUGGCUCUCACCCUGAUAUCCACAGGAUUCAUUACCCCGAUGUCACCAGGCACACGGUUUCCGUCAACCAAGGGGUUGCAGCCACAGAUGACUACGCAUAUGGCCUUAAGUUUGUUGGUAACUACCCCAUGGCUGUCAACCCCAACGUACAAACUGACCAUGCACUGCACUAUGUAAAUGUAUAUAAACCGCCACCGCCAUACCCAUCCAACGGUCUUGCGUCUAAUUCGACUCCAGAUUUAGCCGUAGCCAGUCAAGCCCUGAAUUAUCACAGAGGCUACAUCAACUCCCAUGUCUCCGGAUCUAGUCCUGAUCUAGUUUCAACGCGAACAGCUUUAAAUAGACAAUACCUAGGCUACGUCAAUCCCGCCGGCCACAACGUAGUAAACUACGGCCGCCCAAAUAUCCUCCCGGCUACUCACGGUACCUACAACAAUCUCACAUCCGUCCUGGAGCCCAACCCUCAUAUCAUUAUCGAUCCUCAUCACAUAUCUGACAACAUACAAAAAGUCUACGACGAGAGAGGAAAUAUAAUGUACUCGAUGCCGAUGAGACGAAUAUCCUACCAGAGACACCUGGUGCUGCCUCAACAAAUAAAACACAACGAGGCUCAGGAGCCGAUAUACGAAAACGUGCCAUUACCCUGGCAGAACGAACACGGGAAGUUAACGAUGAGAGAGCGCGCUCAGAGUCUGACGACCACCGACGAGAUAGCUCGACUCAACGAGCGGAACGGCAGCCAUCCCACCAUAAACAAACACGGAAACGUCAUACCGAACAUCAAUGUGACGAACUAUGUAACUCGAAUAGAUAACGACAGUCACUAUGUCAAUGCGCAGAUCAUCAAAGGCGUCAGAGAAUCGAGCGUGCCCAGGGAGUCGAUACCUGAGACGGAUUCGAUGCAGAACGUUUCCCACGAGUUGGAGAGGGUGUCGCUAAAAGACGACAAGGAUUACGACGAAACGCCCUACCAGAGCCUGUCGACGCACAAGCUGUCCAACAACAACACCAUAAGCAAGUCCGUGGACAACGUGACGUCGAUAAGUGUGCCCGACAUGCGGACGGGCGACACGUCGGCCGACAGUGCUCUAUCGAGUUCCAUCGUGAACUCGACCUACAGCACUAGCAUCGAGCUGGAGGGCAGCAAGACGAACAUCACCAAGGAGAAGAAGAGGAGGCGGUGGGGCAUGUUCAUGGGGAGGGGGAAUAAAACGGUAGAAGUGAAGAGUGCGACGCUCGGGAGGGACCGCGCGAAGGCGGGCCAGCCGGCCAACAAACACAGGUGGUCCACCGGCCUCCCCAAGUUCCAGCCAUUACCUCCGAGUAUUACCAAAGAAACUCUGUGCCAACUAUUGGAACGCAAAAUGUCGGACGAGCAGCUCGCAUUCGCCUUCGAGCAAAUACCCAAGGGUCGCGAGGGAGACGCGGAGUACCGCACCGCCCUGUUGCCGCAGUACGCCGCUCUCAACGGGUUCAGCGUCGACAACAUCCCCUACGAGGACAACAGGGUGCGGCUCCAACCAACGCCCAGCAACCCGCACGGGUACAUCAACGCGUCCCACGUCACCAUGACGGUGGGCAGCUCGCAGCGGUUCUACGUGACGGUGCAGGCGAGCGCGGCGGAGCACGCGGCGCCGGUGUGGGAGUGCGUGUGGCAGGUGGGCGCGCGCGUGCUGGCGCUGGUGGGCGCCGACCCGCCGCGCUACCUGCCCGCCGACGGCCGGCCCGCAGACUACGGCCAGUUCCAGGUGUCGUGCGGGCGCUGGUCGCGCGCGGCGUGGGGCGGCUCCGUGCGCGUGCGCGUGCGGCGCGCCACGCGCACGCGCACGGUGUGGCACGUGCACUACAGCGCCUGGCCGCCGCACGCGCACGCACCUGCGGAUCUAGGGGGAUUCCUAGACUUCCUGUCGGAGGUGAACGGGCUGGGCGAGGCGGAGGCGGCGGCGGGCGGCGCGCUGGCCGCCGCGCCGCUGGCGCUGUGCGGGGCGCGCGCCGGGCCCGCGCUCGCCGCGCACCUGCUGCUGCACGUGCUCGACACCAACCAGGUACGACCCCCCCGGGCCCGCGCACCUGCUGCUGCACGUGCUCGACACCAACCAGGUACGACCCCCCCGGGCCCGCGCACCUGCUGCUGCACGUGCUCGACACCAACCAGGUACGACCCCCCCGGGCCCGCGCACCUGCUGCUGCACGUGCUCGACACCAACCAGGUACGACCCCCCCGGGCCCGCGCACCUGCUGCUGCACGUGCUCGACACCAACCAGGUACGACCCCCCCGGGCCCGCGCACCUGCUGCUGCACGUGCUCGACACCAACCAGGUACGACCCCCCCGGGCCCGCGCACCUGCUGCUGCACGUGCUCGACACCAACCAGGUACGACCCCCCCGGGCCCGCGCACCUGCUGCUGCACGUGCUCGACACCAACCAGGAACUAGACAUUCCUCGAACGAUCGGCCUCCUCCACCAGCAGAGAGCGAACCUGAUAGAGAACGUCCACCAGUACAAGUUCCUCCACCAGAUACUGCUCCAAUACUUGAAACAGUCGCGCCUCAUAUGAGCGUGAGGACGCCGUAAGUCACAACUCACCAUACUAUAGAUCUUAUUUCUAGUAAGUCGAUACCGAGUGCCUUUAUAAAGUAUUACACGAACUAUUAUUUACCCGGGAAAUAGUUUUUAGACUUUUGUUACAAUUAAAUAAUGUAAACAUAGUUUUUAUUACUUGCUUGUAAUGUAACAUUAAUUUGAUAUCAAAUCGAAUUUAUUUUUUACUUUAUUCAAUAUAGAAACAUUACACUUAUUGGUUGCCAAAUUAAAAACUAUCCGUGUUUCGUAAACAUAAAUUGCUUGUUCUAUCCUAAAUUUGAGAAAUAGAUAGGUGGGUUUAUUACAAACAACGCAUUGAGAUACACAUAAUCCUAAUAAAAGAGAAAAAAAUAAAUAAAAAUCACUGUGUAUUUCCUCCUUAACAUACCAUAUAUAAUAUAUAGUAUAUUAAGACUUGUAAAUUAAAAUCCCCUCGAUGAAACGAGGUGAUCGAUUGAUGAAAACGUCCCUCUAGUAAAUAUUCAAAAUAAGUAAAAACAAUGUCAAGAUUUUAUGUAAUCUGAAGUUAAAAUACAUCAUUAAAUUCCCCGUCUCGAUCUAUGUUAUGUAUGCAUGAACGUGAUCUAACUAUGGCGGAUCAUAUUAUGACAAUCGUACUUGCCAUAUGAUCACCGAUAAUUAAAGUACUUUCAUGCGAUCUGAUACUACGUGCACCUUAACUCCGGUCGCUGAGAGCAUACGUGGCCCUGCCUGUAUUACAUUCUAAUAGCAGAAAGGCUAAUUAUAAAAACUGUUCUUCUCGAUUAAUAUAUAUUUAUGUAUAUUAUAACACUAUUCCACUUUACUUUUAUACAUUUUAAUUUUACUUCCAAAGUUUCUAUAACAACUUCACCGCCACUUUUCACGAACCCGUAACGAAUACCACAAAUUAUUUCACAUCGCCAACGAUGUCAAUGUCAGUUCAAGAUCAACAUUGUUUAUUUGUCUUUAUUCCUGUCAUAUGUAUUCGAAAAUAUAUGUACAGGCGUAUCAGUAGAGACAUAGGGUAAAUCCAUCAUAUGUUAUAAUUCAAAACCAAAGAAUUAUUCAAACGUAAUUAAAAUUAACGGCGAUCCAUCCAACCACGAUAAAUAUAGCUGGCCGUUUGACGUUCCGCCAGUGACAGCAACGAAGUAUGCUAUCACUCUCGUCUCAAAUAUAGUCUAAAUCAUUGACAGCAACACAUUCUUGCCGACAUAUGGUUUUCUUUGUUUUUAAUUGUAAAUUAACACAAUUAUAUACUUUUAAUGAUAUUGUUCGUUGUUAGGGUAACUAACGAAACUAAUAUUUCUAUCAUUUUUCACCACUUUAAAGUUUUAUUGUCCAUUCGAUCACUUACCGGUCAGGACAGCGUUCUCUCAGCGGCCGGACAUUAGAUGACGUUUUAUAAUAAAAUCGAAUAUGAAAAAUUACAGGUCAGUCUUACUACAUAAAUUAUAAUAUUUAUAUUGAUAGUCCAUCCAGACUUCGUACGUGUAAAAUUCAUACAAAGUUAUCUCUUACAUUUCUCCCCUUUAAAGCCUUUCUUCGGAUGCUUAUAAAAUAAACCUACGUGCCAAAUUUAAUCUUUCUAUAUUCAGUGAUUCUAGCAUUGAGUUGAGUCUGUCAAGACCCACAGUUUUAUAAGCAUAGAUUAGAUUACUUGUGUUGCCAUUGUUUUAUCAACAAAUUUAAAAUAUAGUGCCAAAUUCACACGAGCAAUGAGUACAACUAUUUAUGUUUCGUAUUUCUCUUUCUCAUAACAAUACCACAAAGCGUGUUACAUUACAGGCAAAUGAUAACAAACAGUAGACCAUAAGUUUAUUAUUUAUGCUCAAAAUAAUAAAUUAAAUCUAUGAUUAAUAAAAAAUAAAUAACAAUACAAAAAAAAAACAAUAUUCAUUAUGGUUUUGCUCAAAAUUAUGUUUGCACAAUAAAGGUUAAUUGCAUAAUGCGUGCCAAUUAUGAAAACAUUUGUCAAUGGCGGAAAGUAUGUUUCGAUAGUAUGGGUAACAAAAACUAAAGUUUAUUGAAGUCAAUAUUACAAAAUUGCAUAAAUAAAUAACAUUACCUAUAUUCAAUGUGUAAUUCUAACUGGAUUAAUGUGAAAUGUAGAUAAUUAAUAAUAUAAUGUCAGUAUUUAAAAAAAAAACUCAAUUUCAUUUAUGGAAUGAAGCGUUACACUUAUUGUCAAAGUCAAAACUACUACCGGUCCGGGGGAAAUACCGUUAACUAAGAAGAACCUGCGAAAGAAACAGCUGAUUUUAUUUUUAUAAUAGAAAUUAUAAAAUUGAACAAUUUUAAUCCGGUGUAAUGUUUAUUUCGAUUAUAACGUUUGACCCGGUUGGCGCGGUUGGUAGAUACUUCCCGUACACGCCGAAGGUUGUGGGUUCGAUUCCCACCCAGGACAGACAUUUGUGUGCAUGAACAUGUCUGUUUGACCCGAGUCUGGGUGUAAUUAUCUAUAUAAGUAUGUAUUUACAAAAGAAAAGUAGUAUAUGUAGUAUAUCAGUUGUCUGGUUUCCAUAGUACGAGCUCUGCUUAGUUUGGGAUCAGAUCACCGUGUGUGACUAAUGUCCCAGGUUAUAACGUGCAACAGACAUAACACGCAUCGGCCGCCGUUUGUAGAUGUUUUCCCAAUUGGCGCGGGCUAUUAUGUAAUUAUUGUAUGUACUGCACUUAUAUUUUUAUAAACGACUGACACGCGCCUUCCACCUUCAUCUAGUUUUUUUUUUGUAUAUUUUGUAUUUAAACUUACUAAUCGAGCUGUAUAUUUUAUUAUAAUUGUUUGUUUUUGAACUGUCGUGUAGGAUGUAACAUUAAAUUAUAAGUGUCAUGAUGUGUGCCUUAUAUUUAUAAAUAUUCUCUAAAAUUUCCACUUCUAUUUCACAUUGUAAUAAAUAUUUAUGUAUUUUUUGUGAGUAGAUAAAUUACUAUGAUUAACAGCAUAGUUAAUUUUUCGUAUACAUAUUGUUAGGUAUUUUUGAAAUGCUUGAAAUACAUUUGAUUACAAAAUCGUUAUUCAAGAAUUCUCUUUAAUAAAAUAUAACAAUUUGUUAAUAAUUAAUGUUGAUAAUAACAUUGAUUUUUGAUAAUCUGUUCAAAUAAAAAAAAAACGAUUCACUCCGGGUACAAAUCAACGGAUUUGUUUUUACGAUAUUUAGUCGAAUCGGACAUAACACGCUAAUUAUUGUUAACGGAAACAUAUCACUCAUCUAUCACACGUGUGCCUUCGUAGUUUAUAACUUUUAAUUUGAAACAUGUUAUAAUAUUUUGAAAUGAAUGAAUUAACUUAAAUAAUAUUUUUAAUAAUGUGCCUUGUAAUUCAGUAUUGGAAUGUGUCAAAUUAUUGAAAAAAAUAUGUAUAUUAUUAUGAAUAUAUGAUUUAUUACGAAAUAUUUGAAAAUUAUCACAUCGACUUUUUCUUACUACGUAAAUAUCGAUAUGCAAAGACCAGAUGGACGGUGACACAAAUAUGAACGUGUAGCGUCUGCUAAGUAUUCAAAUCUAGGGAGUCAACAGAAUGAUAACUUAAAAGGUUAUAAGUUGACGCCUCUGAGUCCGCAAAGACCAAACAUAUGGUUAAUAUGUUUCCUUAGUCCAAAAUAAAUUGUGGCGUUUUCUUCGUCAUUGUACCGAUUUUAUUUUAGUAAAUCAUCCGCGCCGAAGUCUGGCAAAGAAUUCGCCAUAAUUAUCCCUUGUUAUUAUAUUAAUGGUUUAUAAAACAGUUAAGUUAUUACAUUAGUUAUUAUCGUAAGUGAUGUGUUCAUACUUUUUAUUGAUGUAUUUUUAUCUAGUCCAAACGGCAGCUCCAUAUUAUAAUUUCGUACCUUUAAGUUACAAGCACAAAAACUGUGUUUUUUACUCUGUGGCAACACUUUCUGUAAAAUAACUAUCGUUCUUAGCAUUUAUGUGAGUUUUAUGCAAAUUAUGUAUGAUAUAAAUUUUAAAACAUUAUUGUUUAAAAUAAUGAUAAUUUUUUAAGUCGCUACUAUUGAAAUUGUGUAUAAUAUAUUAUAAUUUUAAUACAAUUGGCGUUAAAUUUCCUUUCUUUAUAUCAGAUAAUAAACUAAAUACUUUAUUAUUAUAAUAAAAUGUUAAUAGAUGAAAUAUUUUAAAAUUGUAUUAAUUAUUAUUGAAGAAAAUGUUACAUUCAUUUGGAAAACUUGAAUAUUGAUAAUUAACGAUAAAAAUUGU